CCUCCAUCGCAGCAGAGGAGGCACUCGAUCGAUGAGGAUCGGAGUGGAGGAGGAGGAAGAGGAGGAGAGGACAAAGAAGAGGAGCGGAAUCAACAACUCGUCGGCGAUGCCGUUGCGCGCUGUGCGAGAAACCGGCGUCAAAGAGUUGCAGGAGAAGAAGAAGAAGCAGCAGAACGAGUCCGAUGGAGGCGGCGGGAGGAUGAUGGUGGUGGGUGUAAAGAUGGACGCCGAUAGCCGGGAACUCCUCACCUGGUCCCUCGUCAAACUCGCCGACGCCGGCGAUCGCGUCAUCGCCCUGCACGUCCUCCCCUUAACCCCGCUCGACUCGUCGGAGGACGGCCUCAGCUGCUCCUACUCCUCUCUCUUAUCUCUCAUCAAAGCGUUCGACGCCACGCUCGCCGUCUACGAGGGGUUCUGCAACCUAAAGCAGGUUGACUUGAAGAUGAAGAUAGCCCGAGGGUUCUCCGUCCGCAAGGUUUUGGUCCGCGAAGCCCUCUCCUACCGAGCCGGCAAGCUUGUCGUAGGCGCCGCUAAACACGAUCGCGCUCUUGGGUAUUCAUUCAACUCGAUCGCCAAGUACUGUGCGAGGAAACUACCUCGAGAUUGCUCAGUUUUUGAGGUGAGCAACAGCAAGAUCGUCUUCAAGAGAGAAGCCUCUGCGCCUUCGCAGCUCGUAGAGGACAAGGAAACCCACAGGGAAGCUAAGAACAUAGCAACAGCAUACGCAGGCGGGCAAGCAUUGGAUAGGAGCUACACAAAGCUCCUAAACGCAAGAACAAGACUCUCUAAUCUGAAAAAAAGCAGCUCCAGCUGCCUUGAGAUCAUAGAGAAAGAUGAUAGAAUGAAGGAUCUAUCUUUGGCUCUGGUUCCUGAGAGGAAAGGUGAACCUGAUUCUUCAAGCUCCAUUUCGCUUCUUUCUCAUGAGGAAGUGAGACUUGGUUGGCCUCUCCUCCGAAAAGUAGUGCCUCCUCACACCCGAACUUCUUCAACUGAUGGAUCACAGAUCUCGGUUGUUCAAUGGGCGAUGCGUCUGCCGAGUCGAUUCUCUGCAGCAUCCACAAUUCAUCCUGACUCCAAGCCCAUGCAUUCACACAUUGUAGAAGAAGAAAUGGAAUUUCCCAAGGAAUUGGAACAUCUCCUAGACAAGUGCUCAUCGGUUUGCAGAUUGUUCAGCUACAAGGAACUCGCUCAUAUGACUUCUGGCUUCUCACCAGAUAAAAUGAUUGGGAAAGGAGGCAGCAGUCGUGUUUACAAGGGUUGCCUUUCGGAUGGAAAGGAAUUGGCAGUGAAAAUUCUGAAAUCUUCUGCAGAUGUAAUGGAUGAAUUCGUGACAGAAAUCGAGAUCACGACAUCCUUGCAUCAUAAGAACAUUGUUUCUUUGGUUGGAUUUUGCAUUGAAAAAGAGAAUCUCAUAUUGGUCUAUGAUUUCCUAUCAAGAGGUAGCUUAGAGGACAACCUUCAUGGUGAGAGUUUGAUCGAAAAUGCCCUUGGCUGGCCUGAGAGGUACAAGGUGGCAGUUGGCAUUGCUGAGGCAUUGAAUUAUCUUCAUGGAGUCAGCAAUGCUCAACCUGUGAUCCAUAGAGAUGUGAAGUCCUCCAACAUUCUCCUCUCCAAAGAUUUUGAACCAAAGUUGGCUGAUUUUGGACUCGCUAAAUGGGCAUCACUUUCAGCAUCACAACUGAUAUGCAGUGAUGUAGCCGGGACUUUCGGCUAUUUGGCUCCAGAAUAUUUUGCGUACGGAAAGGUGAACGAAAAAAUCGACGUCUAUGCUUUUGGUGUGGUACUUUUGGAGCUUAUCUCAGGAAGGAAGCCCAUCGACACAGGGUGCCCCAAGGGCCAAGAGAGCUUGGUUAUGUGGGCAAUGCCAAUCCUCCAAGGUGAGGGAGUUACGGAGCUUCUUGAUCCAUGUUUAGGAAAAAGUUACGAUGAGGCUCAACUGGAAAGUAUGAUCCUAGCCAUCUCACUUUGUAUUAAGCGCGCCUCUCGAUCGCGGCCUCAUAUGACACUUGUAUUGAAACUACUGCAAGGUGAUGAUGAGGUUCUACGAUGGGCGAGAUUGCAAGUUCAAAAUUCAAAAGAGUUGGAUGGGUUGGAUGAUGAGGGAGCAUUUGGGAAUAACAACAUCCAAUCUCAUAUCACUCUUGCACUGGAAGACAUAGACGAUGAUUCGUCAUCGGUCAGCAGCAUAGAACCACCAAUAGCAAGCUUAUCUCUCGAGGAGUAUUUGCAAGGCAGAUGGAGUCGCUCCUCGAGCUUUGAUUGACGGUUAUCUUACGAUAGUCAUUUUUUCACUAUAAUUUUAACUUGUACUUCUAGGAGGAUGGAUGCGAGGUGGUGUUGGUACCCUCCUCCGCUCCUUGAGCAAUUGUUGGGACAAUUUCAUUUCUAGUUGAGAAGUUCCUCAACCCAAAGGAUGAGGAACAUAGAAAGCCCGAAAAGGGGCUAAAAUUCCUUGUAUUAAGUCACUACAAGGUUCAAGUGGCACUAUACAAAAAAACAAUUAGAUCUUGUUUAUUUUAGACAUCAGGUGUUAAGUGAAUGCUCGACUGCCACCCGAUAUCAGGGUGUUGCUUGCCUCAUAUUUGACGGUUGCUCGGUUGACACCUGACUAUAAAACACAAGAAGUGUAGGGAGAGAGGAUGAGAUUGUGAAAUUUCUUGUGUUGUAUUGCAAUAACUAAAGAGACAUAUAUAUAGAAGUUGGUUGUAUGAAUUUAUGAUACAAA